UGGCGUGCGUGUGCGAGCGCACGGCGCGCGCCAUGAUCUCGCACGCGCAGUCUCUGUCGUCGUUAAGCACGCCCAGCAAACUCGGCGUCACUGUGAUUUUCUCCGUAGCCUUUUUCUUUUCACCGCUUUUACCUUUGCCCACCUUCGAACCGAAAUCGCAUGACUUUUCAGUGACCGUUAUCCCUAGUAGAUCUAGAAUGUCUGGGCAUUCUACGCAUUCGCAACUCUUGCAAUCGCAGAAAGGCUAAAAUAUUUGUGUUUGUUGUGAAAUAAGGAACCAUUUGCCUUGAAUAAAAAAAUAUAAGAAUGAUGUUUCUAAGGUAUUGGAGUAAGAUAAGGAAAACAAAUAGAAGGAAGCUUUAUGAGCGCAGUAAAUUCCGCAUAUAAAUGACUAAGUGGAACGAAAGUCUUUUUAGAAGAACAAAAACAGAUAAGAAUUUCUCUUAACAGUACUGUUUACCUUUGUUUUUAACGGUGAUACGCUAGGACCCUUAUUUUUACUCCCCUGCGGAGCUUUUUUCAUAUUUGUUUCGUCAUUGUUAUUAUGGAUUGAAAUAAGGAUAAGUAUAUUCGUAAAGAUUUCCUUUAUUUUGGUGUUAAGCUUUAGUUUACCUACAUUUUAUGUUGAAGAUAUCUUCAGAAAAUGUCAGAAUAAGAUUGACUGAAGUAUUUUGUCAUCGUGAAAUUUUUUUUUUGUUUUAUAUAUGCAGGACUAAAAGUAAUAUAAAAAUACAAUAAUUUAUUUUAAUUUAUAAAUAAAAAUGUGGCAUGGGUUGAUGGGUUUUUCUGAGUAACUGAGUAAAGAACUACUUAUACUAUAAGUAAAAAAUCAGCAUAGCGUUUUCUUAAUAUUGCAACCAUAUUAAGAAAACAGAUGAAGAAAUUGAAAAUUGUCUAAAGAAAAUAAGCUACAAGUACCAAUCUAUACAAAUAUUAUAAAGUUGAAGAGUUUGUUUGUUUGAACGCGCUUGUCUCAGGAACUACUGGUUCGAAUUGAAACAUUAUUUUUGUGUUGAAUAGACCAUUUAUCGAAGAAGGCUUUAGGCCAUAUAACAUCACGCUGCAACUAUUAAGAGCGAAGAAAUAAUGGAAAAUGUGAAAAAAGCGGGGUCAAUUAUUCACCCUUGAUGACCAAAAUAACCAUUCCAUGCGGAAAAAGUCGCGGGCACAGCUAGUAUGCUUAAUAUUCGGACUCUUCAAGUAAGUAAUGUUUUUAAUUCUGUGAUCGGGCCUUCUCUUUUAGAAAUUUGUUUGCUACGCAAAUUGAGCCUCGUAAUUGAACUCAAAUUACAAAGUGACAUAGAAAAAACAAAAACUGUCAGUGAAAAAACUCAUGUCUUAAUAAAGUGCUAGAAUCCUAUAACCUACACAGGUACCAAACUCACCUACCGACUACCUAAUCAAAUACAAAUAAAUAACAAUGUAAAAUAGUGAAACAAGUACCUAAUUAUCUUAAUAAAAAUAUCCUUGAACAAAGCAUCUCUUAUCUACCAACACUCCACAAGUGAUGACAUAAGUUAAACAAUAAGAAUUUUAAUAACAAACAAUAAUUUGAAAAUGUUAAGUAAAUCACAAGCAUAUCAAUGGAACUGCGAGCCCAUUGAGGUUCGAAUGUUAAAGAGGCAACUGGCAAACUUAUCGUGCAAGCAUGAUUUUCGUAGACACCCAACUCUUUAUGAGACUAAAUCAGAUUACUGCGAACAAGGAAUUCAAGUGAAAUGUGAACCCAAAAAGGUUGACGAGACCACACAAAUUGAAUCCAAUUUGGCUUCAUCUUUAAACAUGUUCAACUCGUAUAAUAACGUUUCCAUGUGCCCAACAUGUCUCGUUGCAUUCAGUGUACUUAAUGCAGCCUCUAAUAAGAAAGUAAUGAAGGAUCAGGAGCUGAUAACUGACUUUGAAAUUCAUAGAUCUGGAGAGGAUAUGCGAGACCCCGUGGACUGUGGCAGUGGAUACAUGUCCAGAACUACUUCUUUUACUAGUCCACCUUAUUCUGACUUUGCGUUUCAUGACUUCUCCAGUGAAUGUUUAAAUGACGGCAUGUACCGUCAUCAUUCGCCUAACCAUGAGGUCAACUUUUUGGACGCUUAUUUUGGAUGUACUUUACCGAAACAAGAUGUUGUACCACCGCAUAUCUCACACGCUGUUUGUAUGGAUAGUUUUAUAAAUUCAAUUAGACCGCCAUUGAAUUUAGGAAAUAAUUGAAUAAAAAACUAU